UUGUAUUCUAGGUUAACCUCUGUGUUAGUUCAACCUGCACGUGGUGUUCAACGUCAGGAGGCAAAACGAUACUGGGCCGAGGAUGGCACAUUUGAUCCACCUGUACAGGUUGUCAUAGAUCGUUUCAAACGUCUGCGUUGGGGUGCCUACAUUCAUCCACGGGCUGGACGUAGAAAGCAUCUCUAUAGGAAGAAUCCGUGGAUAGUAGCCAAGAAAGACGAACACAUUCUCACCAGUAGAGCAAUGAGUUUUGCAUUGGACAACCUAUUGAAUGCUGAAUGGCGGCGUCCGAAAUUUUAUCCUGAGGACAUCUAUGAACCUUAUCAUCGAAGAACCGGUGUUCCGUGGGACUAUGACCUCCACAAGCGUCGAUUCUACCCGUAA